CCAGGUGCGUACGCGACGGAGCGAGCUGCGAAGAUGGCGGACGACGAGGCCGAGCAGGAGCGCCUGGGCGCCGGCGGCUGCGCGGCGGAGCUGCGGCGCCUGGGCGAGCGGCUGCAGGAGCUGGAGCGGCGGCUGUGCGAGAGCCGGGAGCCCGCGGUGGAGGCGGCCGCCGCCUACUGCCGGCAGCUGUGCCAGACACUCCUUGAAUAUGCAGAGAAAUGGAAAACCUCAGAAGACCCCUUACCUUUGCUGGAGGUAUACACAGUAGCCAUCCAAAGUUAUGUUAAAGCUCGGCCGUACCUUACCUCUGAAUGUGAGAGUGUAGCUGUGGUUCUGGAGCGCUUGGCCUUAAGCUGUGUUGAACUUUUACUGUGUCUACCUGUUGAGUUAUCAGAUAAACAGUGGGAACAAUUUCAGACCUUGGUGCAGGUAGCUCACGAGACGCUGAUGGAGAGCGGCAGCUGUGAGCUGCAUUUCUUGGCUACUCUGGCUCAGGAGACUGGGGUGUGGAAAAACACAGUACUGUCCACUAUUCUCUCCCAGGGACCACUGGAUAAAGAUAAAGUGAAUGAAUUUUUAGCUUUUGAGGGCCCCAUCUUGUUGGAUAUGAGAAUUAAACAUCUAAUCAAAACAAAUCAGUUAAGUCAAGCAACUGCUCUAGCAAAGCUGUGUUCUGACCAUCCAGAGAUUGGUACAAAAGGGAGUUUUAAGCAAACUUACCUUGUCUGUCUUUGCACAUCAUCACCAAACGAAAAGCUAAUCGAAGAGAUUUCAGAAGUUGAUUGCAAAGAUGCAUUAGAAAUGAUCUGUAAUUUAGAGUCUGAGGGUGAUGAGAAGAGCGCCCUUGUUUUGUGUACCGCCUUUCUAUCCCGGCAGCUCCAGCAAGGAGAUAUGUACUGUGCUUGGGAACUCACUUUGUUUUGGAGUAAACUACAGCAAAGGGUAGAACCAUCAAUACAAGUAUACCUUGAAAGGUGUCGUCAACUUUCUUUGUUAACGAAGACUGUAUAUCACAUUUUCUUCCUGAUUAAAGUUAUUAAUUCAGAGACUGAAGGGGCUGGACUUGCUACCUGCAUAGAAUUAUGUGUAAAAGCUCUUCGCUUGGAAUCUACAGAAAGUACUGAAGUGAAAAUAUCAAUCUGCAAGACCAUUUCAUGUCUGUUGCCUGAUGAUCUGGAAGUUAAGCGUGCUUGUCAAUUGAGUGAAUUUCUUAUUGAGCCUACAGUAGAUGCAUAUUAUGCUGUGGAAAUGUUAUAUAACCAACCAGACCAGAAAUACGAUGAGGAGAAUCUUCCUAUACCAAAUUCUCUAAGGUGUGAGCUCUUACUUGUUCUGAAAACUCAGUGGCCCUUUGAUCCAGAAUUUUGGGAUUGGAAAACCUUAAAACGACAAUGUCUCGCACUAAUGGGAGAAGAAGCGUCUAUUGUGUCCUCGAUUGAUGAAUUGAAUGACAGUGAAGUAUAUGAAAAAGUAGAUUACCAGGAUGACAGCAGAGACACAUCUGUGAAUGGUCUUUCUGGUGGAAUUGGGUCUGAUUCUGGCCUCCUGAUAGAUGCUGAUGAUGAAAAGCAAAAGAAGAAGGAGAUAAAACAGUUAAAAGAAAGGGGGUUCAUAUCUGCUAGGUUUAGGAAUUGGCAAGCCUACAUGCAGUAUUGUGUGCUGUGUGACAAAGAAUUCCUUGGACACCGAAUAGUACGGCAUGCUCAAAAACAUUACAAAGAUGGGAUUUACAGCUGUCCCAUUUGUGCAAAGAAUUUUAACUCUAAAGAGACUUUUGUCCCUCAUGUCACACUGCAUGUUAAGCAGUCCAGUAAAGAGAGACUAGCAGCUAUGAAGCCAUUAAGAAGAUUGGGUCGGCCUCCUAAGAUCACAACCACUCACGAACAUCAAAAGACCACUGCUCACACUGUGGCGAAACAGGAGCAGCGGCCCAUAAAAAAGAAUAGUCUUUACUCGACAGAUUUCAUAGUGUUUAAUGACAAUGAUGGUUCAGAUGAUGAGAAUGAUGACAAAGAUAAAUCUUACGAGCCAGACGUGAUCCCUGUCCAGAAACCGGUACCUGUAAAUGAGUUUAAUUGCCCUGUAACUUUUUGUAAAAAGGGCUUUAAGUACUUCAAAAAUUUAAUUGCUCAUGUAAAAGGGCAUAAGGAUAAUGAAGAUGCCAAACGCUUUCUUGAAAUGCAAAGCAAGAAAGUAAUUUGCCAGUACUGCAGAAGGCAUUUUGUAAGUGUCACCCACCUCAAUGAUCAUUUACAGAUGCACUGUGGCAGUAAGCCGUAUAUAUGUAUACAGAUGAAGUGCAAGGCUGCUUUCAAUAGCUAUGCAGAGUUGUUAGCCCACCGAAAAGAGCAUCAAGUCUUUAGAGCAAAGUGCUUAUUUCCAAAAUGUGGCAGGAUUUUUUCGCAAGCUUAUUUACUGUAUGAUCAUGAAGCACAACAUUAUAACACCUAUACAUGUAAGUUCACGGGUUGUGGUAAGGUGUAUCGUUCUCAGAGUGAGAUGGAAAAGCAUCUGGAUGAUCACAGUGUUCCUGAGGACCAACUUAACCCAUCUGGAAACAAUGUGAAUCAGAGCACAGAGGGGAGCACUGGGGAAAGAAGGUCAGUGCUUCCUUCAGAGAACAGUACUGACAAGAGCCUAGGAACUGGUGAUGACUGGGAUAAAAGCAAAGCAGAGUUAGCUGUGACUAACCAUGGCCACAUCUCUGCCAGUGAACUCAGGCAAGCUAACAUACCAUUGUCAAAUGACCUUGAAAACCCUGAUAAUACUGCUGCUCUUCAGGCCAAUGAAGUAGCCGUGUCCAUCAAGGUGUCUGUCAACCAUGCAGUUGAGGAUGCCUUUGGAAAGCAAGAAAACCUAACUGUGAAAGGCACUGGUGAGCCACUGAUCACAGACAUGCAUAAACCAGGGGAAGGGACUAGUGUCAAUUUAUGUCAUCCUGUUUUCCAAGAGCAGAAAGAGCAUGGGCACCUAAAUGAUGCCCAGAUUGCUCAGAAUUCUUUAUCAAACUCAGAAUCCCUGAAGAUGGGUGACCUUAACCCACAAAGCCUAGAAAGACAGGUGAGCUCUCUGAUGAGCUUCUCUGUACAAAACCAGGCCGGACUUGAAGACAGUUCACAAACUCCCAAGUUUGAAUGUGGAGGUAAUGUUAAAACCUCAUCCAGCCUUUAUGAUUUACCUCUUAAGACACUAGAAAGUAUUUCAUUUGCUCCAGCCCAGCCCAACCUGAGCAGUUCAUCGGGAGCGCCAGCAAUACCUCUAAAAGCCCCAGUUCAGAAAUUCAGCUGCCAGGUUGAGGGCUGCACUCGAACAUACAACUCCUCCCAGAGUAUUGGAAAACACAUGAAGACGGCACACCCUGACCAAUACACUGCUUUUAAAAUGCAGCGGAAGACUAAGAAAGGUCAGAAACCUAACAGCGUAAAUACACCAAAUCAUGGAAAGUGUGUUUAUUUUUUGCCGUCACAAGUGAGCAGCUCUAAUCAUGCUUUUUUUACACCACAGACCAAAGCCAGUGGGAACCCUGCCUGUUCAGCCCAGUUGCAGCAUGUCUCGCCCUCCAUUUUUCCAGCCCAUUUAGCAAGUGUACCUGCUCCAUUGUUGCCCUCAGUGGAAAGUGUCCUAAGUCCAAGCAUGCCUUCUCAGGAUAAACAUGCACAAGAUGCUCUAUUAUGUCCACAGAUGGAAAGUUUGUCUAAUGCUACUUUGCCAGCACAGAUGGAAGACCUAACCAAAACAGUUUUGCCUUUGACAAUUGAUAGCGGCUCAGAUCCUUUCCUUCCGUUACCCACAGAAAACAGCUCUCUCUUCCCUUCACCGGCAGACAGUGAGACUAAUUCUGUUUUUUCCCAACUGGAAAAUAGUACAAACCAUUAUCCCUCACAGACAGAAGGAAACAUGAACUCCUCCUUUCUAAAAGGAGGCAGUAGUGAAAAUGGAGUUCUUCCUUCACAAGUGAAUAUUACAGAUGACUUCAGCAGCACCAGUGGCGAACAGUCUGCAUCUAAGAAAGUGAAAAAAGAACGAGGUCGAGGCCCAAAUGGGAAGGAAAGAAAACCGAAGCACAACAAGAGGGCUAAGUGGCCUGCCAUCAUCAGAGAUGGCAAAUUCAUCUGUAGCAGGUGCUACAGGGCUUUCACUAACCCCAGGUCCCUGGGUGGACACCUGUCCAAAAGGUCAUACUGCAAACCACUGGAUGGAACAGAAAUCGCACAGGAACUUUUACAGAGUGGCAGGCAGCCUUCCCUUCUGGCCAGCAUGAUUCUCUCUCCAAGUGCAGCAGGCAUGCAGCAGCCACACCAGUCUACCUUUCAUCCAGAAGCCUGUUUGAAAGAGCCGUCAUUCCUGCAACUUCUUUCUGUGGAAAAUCGCCCGGCCUUUUUACCAAGUACAUUUCCUAGAUGUGAUGUGAGUAACUUUAGCACGAGUGUUAGUCAAGAAGGGAGUGAAAUUAUUAAGCAGGCUUUAGAAACUGCUGGCAUUCCCAGCACAUUUGAGAGUGCUGAGCUGCUUUCUCAGGUUGUUCCCAUGGGCAGUGUCUCCGAUGCAGCACAGGUAAAUGCAGCGGGCAUGCCAGGGCCAGUUGUGACACCCUUGUUACAGACUGCUUGCCACCAAAACACCUCACCAAACCAGAGUAGAACACCAAAUUCCAAAACUUCCACCAUCAAGGAAUGUAACAGUUUGCCUAUCUUUACAACAAGUGAUUUACUGCUGAAGACUAUUGAAAAUGGUUUAUGCUCCAAUUCAUUCAGUAGUUCUACAGAGCCACCACAAAAUUUUACCAGUAAUGGUGCACAAGUUUCUGUUAUAAGUGGUCCUCAAACUGCAAGAUCCAGUCAUUUGAAUAAAAAAGGAAAUAGUGCGUCUAAGAAAAGAAAAAAAGUUGCUUCUCCAGUAAUUGUAUCUAAUGCUUCCCAAAAUGUGGCACCAACAGACUUAAAAAUGGGACUUACAGCGAAGAAUCUUACAGUCCCUGAUCCUAAUACACGUUCAGACAUGAUUCCAGAUUGUGAACCUCGAGCAUUGGUGGAAAAUCUCACACAGAAAUUAAAUAACAUUGACAAUCAUUUGUUUAUAACUGAUGUAAAAGAGAACUUUAAAGCCAGUCUUGAGGCCCAUACAAUGUUAACCCCUUUAACAUUAAAAACUGAAAAUGGUGAUUCCCGAAUGAUGGCUUUGAGUUCAUGCACACCAGUGAAUUCUGAUUUGCAGGUUUCUGAAGAUAAUGUUAUACAGAACUUUGAAAAGACUCUUGAAAUUAUUAAAACUGCUAUGAAUUCUCAAAUACUUGAGGUUAAAAGUGGAUCUCAGGGUACUGGUGAGACACCACAGAAUGCUCAGAUAAAUUACAGCAUGCAGCUUCCUUCAGUAAACUCUAUCCCAGAUAGCAAGUUACCCGAUUCUUCUCAGUGUUCCUCUUUCCUGACUGUAAUGCCAACAAAAAGUAACAUUCCUCAAUCUGACGCAUUACGUAAGGAGGAUCAGAUACAGGACAUUUUAGAAGGUUUGCGAAAUUUAAAAUUAGAAACCGACCUUGCCACUCCAGCUCCCCAGUGUAUGCCAGUAACCACACCAGUAGCAUUGCCCCCUACUCCCGCUAAAGCAACUCCAAGUACUGUAGUCCAACCAGUUUCCGAAAUACUGCAUAUUCAGCUUAAUGACAGAGUUAAUAAGCCCUUCGUGUGUCACAACCAAGACUGCAACUACAGUGCCAUGACAAAGGACGCCCUGUUUAAACACUAUGGUAAAAUCCAUCAGUAUACUCCAGAGAUGAUUCUUGAAAUCAAGAAGAAUCAGUUAAAAUUUGCUCCAUUUAAAUGUGUAGUACCCACAUGUACCAAAACAUUUACAAGAAAUUCUAAUCUCCGGGCACACUGUCAGUUGGUGCAUCAUUUUACAACAGAAGAAAUGGUAAAGUUAAAAAUAAAAAGGCCAUAUGGAAGAAAAUCUCAAAGUGAAAAUUCGUCAGCUCCACAAAUUAACCAAGUGAAAAAACAACCACUCAUAGCAGAGGAAAUGAAAGCAGAAUCACAGCUGGCCUUAGAGUCACCAGCAGUGACUGAUGAGGCCCUUGAAAGUGUAGCAGUAAUCCCAGACAAACAACUUACAGAAAAAAAAAGUCCUGAGAAACCAGAAAGUUCUUUACAGCCUGUCACAGUCACUGUUGAGCAAUAUAAUGCUAAUCUCGCAAACUUGAAAACCAAAGGAAGGAAAAAUAAGAGGCACAGAAAAGAAAAGGAAGAAAAAAGAGAGAAGAAUCCAGUUUCUCAGUCCUCUGAAUUUCCAGCAAGAUACAGACCCUACAGUUGUGUUCACCAAGGAUGCUUUGCUGCAUUUACAAUACAGCAAAACUUGAUUCUUCAUUACCAGGCUGUACAUAAAUCAAAUCUUCCUGCAUUUUCUGCAGAGGUUGAAGAAGAGAAUGAAGCUGGUAAAGAAAGUGAAGAAACUGAAUCUAAACAAUCAAUGAAAGAAUUUCGGUGUCAGGUGAGUGACUGCUCUAGGAUUUUCCAAGCAAUUACUGGCCUAAUACAGCACUACAUGAAACUUCAUGAAAUGACCCCUGAGGAAAUUGAGAGCAUGACUGCUGCUGUGGAUGUUGGCAAAUUUCCGUGUGAUCAGUUGGAGUGUAAAUCAUCUUUUACAACAUACCUGAGCUAUGUUGUUCAUCUUGAGGUAGACCACGGAAUUGGAGCGCGGACAAGUAAAACGGAAGAAGAUGGCAUAUACAAGUGUGACUGUGAAGGCUGUGACCGCAUAUAUGCGACUCGCUCUAAUCUUCUACGGCACAUUUUUAAUAAGCAUAAUGACAAACAUAAGGCUCAUCUGAUUCGGCCAAGAAAACUAACUGGCCAGGAAAAUAUAUCAAGUAAGGCAAACCAAGAAAAGUCAAAGUCUAAACUUCGGGCAACAAAACACAACAGAUCUGGAAAAGAAGGAAUAAAAAUGCCAAAGACAAAGCGAAAGAAAAAAAGUAAUUUAGAAAACAAGAGUGCAAAAAUUGUGCAAAUAGAAGAAAAUAAGCCUUAUUCUCUAAAACGUGGGAAGCAUGUGUACUCCAUAAAGGCUAGAAACGAUGCCUUGUCGGAGUGUACAAGCAAGUUUGUGACCCAGUAUCCAUGUAUGAUAAAAGGGUGCACUUCUGUUGUUACAAGCGAAAGCAAUAUAAUUAGACAUUAUAAGUGCCAUAAAUUGUCCAAGGCAUUUACAUCACAGCACCGCAAUAUUCUUAUUGUCUUUAAGCGCUAUGGCAGCCCGCAAGAAAAGGAAACCUCUGAACAAGAAGAUGGUAAAAAUGAUGUAAAAGAUCCUGACACAUUUGUGUUAGAGAAAAUUGAUAACUCAAAACCAGCUACCGUUCCACAGGAAGAUGGUAUAAAAGGAGAAAAGGAUGAAAUGGAUGAGCUAACAGAAUUAUUUAUUGCAAAAUUAAUAAAUGAAGAUAGCACAAAUGUAGAAACCCAAGUCAACACUAUAAAGGUAAAUAAUGAUUUUCAGGAAAAUAGUUCCUGCCUAUCAGAAAGACAAAAGACUGGUAAUUUGAAGAGAGUUCAUAAAGAGAAAAACAUCAUACAAAAUAAAAAAAGAAAGGUUGAUAAAACUGAGCCAGAGUUAUUGUUGGAGGUAAAUAAUACACAUAAAGAGGAAGAGACUGCUGUAGCAGUUCAAACCACGGAGGAGCAUCCUGCGUCCUUUGACUGGAGCUCCUUCAAACCAAUGGGAUUUGAAGCGUCAUUUCUCAAGUUUCUGGAAGAGUCUGCAGUGAAGCAGAAGAAAAAUACUGACAGAGACCAUUCAAACAGUGGCACUAAAAGAGGAUCCCAUUCAAAUUCGAGAAGAAAUAUUGAUAAGACUGCUGUGACUGGUGGAAAUCAUGUGCUUUCUUGUAAAGAAAGUGAAAUCUUUGUACAGUUUGCCAAUCCCUCAAAGCUUCAGUGCAGUGAGAAUGUAAAAAUUGUUUUAGACAAGACUCUUAAAGAUUGCUCUGAGCUUGUCCUAAAACAGCUUCAGGAAAUGAAACCUACUGUCAGUCUAGAAAAACUUGAAGUGCUAUCAAAUGAACCAGAUAGAACUGUCUUAAAAGGAGUCAGUAUAGGUAAGGCCGCAGCCAGAGGGCAGUACUGAUGACUCAUGUACUAUAAAUGCAGACCAUUUGUAGUUUUAUUUUAAAUAGAAAGCCAUCAAGCAUGCUGUAAUUGUGAGCUUUGUAAUUUGUUGACGUGAAUUAACCUAGCUUUAAAAAAAUGAAGAAAAAAAAAAAGCCAUGACAUUGGUCAUGUAGAACUUUAUUUUAUCCCUAUGGGACUUGAACAUAAUCAAUACUUCAGUUACUGUAAAUAAUUGAGUUAAGCCUCAAAUUUCUGUCACCCAGCUGUCCUUUCCAUGAAGUAUACUGAAUUGUUUGUGUGACUGGUGUCUCUUCAGCAGAUCGCCACUCAUGUAUAGCAGCAGUUCUCUUUAUUUGUAGAUAGUUUCUUUUGUAUAUAUUAUUGUAAAUCAUUUUGCUGCCACCAGCAGUCUGUAAGUCUAAAUGAGUAAAUGAUACAUUUAUAUUUGCAAUUUUAAUUUUAACGAAGUGAUCAAGUUUUUAAACUUUUAUUGUUUUAAAUUAAGAACUUUUUGAACUAAAACUAGAAACUGCCAUAGUUACUUUUUUUUUUAACAUAAAACAUUUACAAGAUGAUGUCAAGUUCUUUUGCACGGUAGGCACGUUACAACACUCUGCUUUGUGAAUUUGCCAUCCUCUACUCUUGGAUGGUGUUCAUGUGAAAUUAGAGCAGAUUCUUUAGUUUCAUAUAGCUACAGAAUUUUUUUUCUUUUUCCAUUGCUUCUAAUCAGAUAUAGUUACUAUGAGUCCAUGAAAUGUAAUGGAAAUGUGAAUAAAGACUUUACUACGUUGAAGAUUUUAAACAUUGGUAUUUUAAGAUAUCCUUUGUCAAUGUGAUAGAAACUAGUAGUGGAGCAGUGUAAAUAUUCAAGGUGGUGGUUUGUGAAGUAGCCCAGUAUUGCCUUAAAUAAAAUCACAUUUCAGUUGUUCUUUUGUAUGUGACCUUAUACAGAUUUUUUCCUCCCAUUUUCUGAGGUUUAUGGAUGGUGUAUAGCUUUAAACUGUAUAAACUUUUGUGGAAAGAAUUUUUUAGACAUUUUUAUAAAUUUUUAAAUUGGUAUCAUCAAAGUGAGCCCAUCUUGUGUUUAUAAAAUGCAAGAAUCCUUAACAUUUAUAGUUCCAUAGAUGAAACACUUUCUAUAAGGAAGUCAUGUUUUGAUUUUACUGUUUAUAGGCAUUAGGUUGUGCAGAUUUGUCUGUAUUCACGUUAUCUAAUGAUACAAUUUUCAUUAGAUUAGUCCUCAAGAACAGUAUUAGUCAUGAUUGAUUAUUUGAUCAUUCAGUAACUAGUUCUUCUAGCUUAGCUUUAUUCCCCGUCCCUGUGCCGGGAGGUAGGAGGUGCCUGGAGCGCUGACAGCCUCGUGGGAACACAGCUGAAGGCAGUACUGGAAGCAAGCAGCCUCUCCAUAGUCACUUCAUGUUUGACAUCAAUUGCAUUGGUUUUGUUUGUUUUUAUUUUUGGUUUGUUUGCUUUUUUGACAUGUUAUAGAGAAGUUACCUGCACAGUGUUAGCCUGAGCUGUUGUGGUCACAUGAGUGUGUGUUUCCCCUGUACAGCCUCAGACCUGCAGGGGAAUGAAUCACUUCACUGAAAUCGCUGGUCCUCUGAAUAAAUAAGCAUGGUGAAGGAAUGAGCUUAACUUCUUUUGGAAACUUUAACAUUUUAUUAUUAAAGUACUACGGUUUUAUUUGUGGUAUGUGAUGGGUUGUGUUGAGUAGUUGGCCUCACCUUGUUAAGACUUUCAGUGUGCAUAAAGCUGACACAUGAAAAUCCUUACCACUUGGUAAGCCAGCUGUUAUUUAUUAAUGUUAAAUAAAGGUGGUUUUCAUGGUUGAUUUAUAUUUUUUAAACAA